CAGCUUCGGGUUGACACGGGGCUUAGCUCGGCAGGGCGGAGGGCAGCAAGUUAGCCCGCGGCUGGGUGGCGGCGGCAGGCCUGAGCGCGACUUAUUUACAAGCCCAGCUACUACUGAUGAAGAUGUGUUGGGAGAGUGGCUGCUGAAAUUGACCUUUACUGACCCGAGACAGUUUUAUUUGUUUUACUUGUUUAUCCCCCUGCUUUGAGUUUUACUGCAACGGCUGAGAAACUUGAAAAAUAAAAUAACAUGCUGUGGUCUUGAACCUUCUUUCUGAGGAAAUACUGAGGUGCCAAAGUGGAAAGCCAGAAUGGCAGCCAGAGAGAGGCUCUUUGAACUUUGGAUGCUUUAUUGUACAAAGAAAGAUCCAGAUUACCUGAGACUAUGGUUGGACAAUUUUGUUUUAAGUUAUGAACAAUUUUUAGAUGUUGACUUUGAAAAGCUUCCUACCAGGGUAGAUGAUAUGCCUCCAGGAAUAUCUUUGCUUCCUGAUAAUAUUCUUCAGGUUCUGAGGAUCCAGCUGCUACAUUGUGUUCAGAAAACAGCAGAUGGGUUAGAGGAACAGCAACAAGCAUUGUCAAUUUUGCUCGUCAAAUUCUUUAUUAUUCUUUGCAGGAAUUUAUCAAAUGUAGAAGAAAUUGGGACUUGCUCCUAUAUUAAUCAUGUUAUUACCAUGACAACACUGUAUAUUCAGCAAUUAAAAAGCAAAAAAAAGGAAAAGGAAAUGGCUGAUCAGACAUCUAUUGAAGAAUUUGUGAUCCAUGCAUUGGCAUUCUGUGAAAGUUUAUAUGAUCCUUAUAGAAAUUGGAGACAUAGAAUUUCAGGACGAAUCCUUAGUUCUGUGGAAAAGAGCAGACAGAAAUACAAGCCAGCUUCUCUCACAGUGGAGUUUGUUCCUUUCUUUUAUCAAUGUUUUCAGGAAAGUGAACAUCUCAAGGAAAGUCUUAAGUGUUGCUUAUUGCAUCUCUUUGGAGCCAUUGUAGCCGGUGGGCAGAGGAAUGCUUUGCAAGCAAUUUCUCCAGCCACCAUGGAAGUUCUCAUGCGAGUUUUAUCUGAUUGUGAUUCAUGGGAGGAAGGAGAUCCUGAGGAAGUGGGCAGGAAGAGAGAACUAACUCUGAAAUGCCUGACACAAGUGGUACAUAUCCUUCUCACCAGCAGUUCCGACCAGCGUCAGGUGGAAACCAGUACCGUACUGGAGAACUAUUUCAAAUUGCUCAAUUCAGAUCACUCAGCUUUACCUAAACAGAGGAAGUCCAUGCGGUGGGAAAGCCAGUUCAUAGUUCUGCAGAUUAAGAUGCUCAAUACCAUCACAGCCAUGUUAGACUGUGCAGACAGGCCUGUUCUUCAGGCCAUUUUCCUUAACAGUAAUUGCUUUGAACAUCUCAUACGACUUCUACAGAACUGCAAGGUAUUUCAGGGGCGGUUAGAUUGUUUGGCUGUAUCAACAAUUCAAGCUUUGACAGCAGUGAUGAAGAAUUCUCCAGCUGCUAAGGAAGUAUUUAAAGAAAGAAUUGGCUAUAUGCACAUGUUUGAGGUAUUGAAAUCUUUGGGUCAGCCAUCACUAGAACUGCUUAAAGAACUUAUGAAUAUGGCUGUAGAAGGUGAUCAUACUUCAGUUGGUAUUUUGGGCAUUAGUAAUGUCCAUCCUCUCUUGGUUCUUAUCCAAUGGCUUCCGGAGCUAGAAUCACAUGACCUACAAAUAUUCAUCUCUGACUGGCUGAAAAAAAUUUGUUGUAUUAAUAAGCAGAGCCGAACUAUGUGUGUGAAUGCAAACAUGGGAAUAAGAAUCAUUGAAACCCUUGAAUCCCAUUCUUCCCUACAUCGAACUUGUGCUGAGAACUUGAUAACAAUUCAUGGUUCAUUGGGGAGUCUGUCUGUAAGCUCAGAAGAAAUCCGUCGACUACUACGAUUGCUGAGAGUAGAUGAAUCUGAGUUUAUUCACCCGUAUACCAUUCCUGUGACUCGUGCAAUUCUGACAAUGGCACGGAAACUCAAUCUUGAGAGUGCACUGCAGUAUUUUAAUUUGUCACAUAGCAUGGCAGGAAUUUCUGUGCCUGCCAUUCAGAAAUGGCCUGGGUCUGCAUUUUCCUUCUCUGCUUGGUUUUGCUUAGAUCAGGAUCAAUUACCCCUUGACACUGCUAACAAAGGAGGAAAAAGAAAACAAUUAUAUAGUUUUUUUACAGGAAGUGGAAUGGGUUUUGAAGCUUUUAUUACUCACUCAGGUAUGUUGGUUGUGGCAGUGUGCACAAAAAGAGAAUAUGCAACAGUGAUGCUUCCUGACCACAGUUUCUGUGACUCUCUCUGGCACAACAUAACCAUUGUUCACAUGCCUGGGAAAAGGCCCUUUGGUCAGAGCAUCGUCUAUAUCUAUGACAAUGGACAACAAAAGGUUUCUGCUCCUCUCAGAUUUCCUGCCAUGAAUGAGCCAUUUACUUCCUGUUGUAUUGGUUCAGCUGGGCAAAGAACCACUACUCCUCCACCAUCUCAAAUCCCAGAUCCACCAUAUUCUACUCCCAUAACCCCUCACCGGACAUCAUUUGGUGGAAUAUUGUCAUCAGCCUCCUGGGGUGGAACAAUUGAAAAAUCAAAAUUAAUUACGAAAUUAAUUUCAGCUGGAACUCAAGAUAGUGAAUGGGGUUGCCCCACAUCCUUGGAAGGGCAGCUAGGUUCUGUUAUUGUAUUCCAUGAAGCACUCCAGCCUUCACAGGUUAAGGCCUUAUAUUUAGCAGGUCCAAAUUGCUUAAGCCCUUGGAAGUGUCAGGACUAUGAUAUGACCGGCCUACCAAGUAACAUCCUCCUUCAGUACACAGCAAAGGCUUGCGAAAAUUCAAUUUGCCUUGACUUGUCUACUAAUUAUUUGCAUGGAAGAUUAACAGGAAACAAAGUAGUGAAUUGGGACAUUAAAGACAUCAUCAAUUGUAUAGGUGGGUUAAAUGUACUUUUUCCUAUCCUGGAACAAAUAAGCCACUUUAUUGAAGGACAGACUUCUGAAGGAAUGAAUGAAAACACAGUUCCUGAAUUAAUAACACCGAUUGAACAGGAAUGUAUGGCAUUGUCCUCCACAAAGGCAUCAGAGUCAAGACUAGAGAGAAAUCUAGUUGCAACAUUUAUCUUGAUUGUGAAGCACUUUAUUCAGAGGCAUCCUAUCAACCAGGAUAAUCUUAUUCAGUCCCAUGGGGUUGCAACUCUUGGUGCCUUACUUCAAAAGGUGCCAGGUACCCUAAUGGAUGUUAAUGUAUUGGUGGCAAUUCAAUUACUAAUUGAACAGGUAUCAUUAGAAAAAAACACAUUAUUACUUCAACAAAUGUAUCAGUAUUUACUCUUUGACUUCUGCAUUUGGAACCGUGGAGAUUUCCCUUUUCGGAUUGGCCAUAUACAGUAUAUUUCAACUAUCAUUAAAGACAGCAGGAGAGUUUUCCGGAAGAAGUACGGUGUGCAGUUUCUCCUAGAUACACUUAGGAUUUAUUAUGGGCAUGGUUGUACAUGUAAUGAGCUUUCUCCAGAAGAUAUUCGAACAAUUAGGACUUCUUUGUAUGGGCUAAUUAAAUAUUUUCUUUGUAAAGGUGGAACUCAUGAAGAAAUACAAAGUAUCAUAGGUUACAUAGCUGCUACUAAUGAGGAAGAACAGCUUGUUGGAAUUUUGGAUAUACUCUUCAGUCUUCUACGAACCAGCCCAACUAGAGGUCAGCUUUUCUCACUGAUGUUUGAACCAGGAAAUGCUGAUAUACUGUAUGCUUUGCUGCUAAAUCAGAAAUACUCUGACAAACUAAGAGAAAUCAUUUUUAAGGUUAUAGAGCAGAUGUUAAAAUGCACCAGUGUUUAUGAACGUAGUAAACAACGCAUCCGUCUCAGAGAAGUUGGCUAUUCAGGAAUUGGACUCCUCCUUAAUGAAGUUCCAGUUAAUAUGUCUCUCAUUAAAAACCUUGUCAAUCAAAUCAUUAAUGCAGAUCCUGUUAUCAAUUUCAAAGAUCUGUUAUCUGUAGUAUAUAUCUCUCACAGAACACACGUAAAUGUCAGAAUGGUCCUCUGUAGAAAGAUAUUACAGAUUUUGCAGUCCCAGCCAGAAGCAGCAUACCAGAUAGCACAACAAGUGGGUUGGCAAGAUACCUUUGUAAGACUUCUCUUAAAAGCAAACUUUGAAAAUGUAAAUUCUCUUCAUAAACAUGGAAAGGCUGUUUCAGUGAAAGAAAAUAAAAAUAUGUCCACUGAAAAGCUAGAUGAUGAAAAAAUGACAUUACCUGAUGUAUCUUCAGAUCAUUGGAGUUUGGAAGAUAGUCAGUCCCUGAACUCAAACACACCAUUAUUUCAAGAAGUAAACUCUGAAGUAGAAUUAUCUUUCAAGUCAGAAAAUGAAGAAUUCUGGCAUAGUAACACUUCCCAUCUGAGUUUAGAUCUCAGUGGAACUGACUCAUGUGAACUGAGUGAGUGUGGAAGUCAAAUGCCAGACAGUUCACCUAGCACACCAUCCCCAGUGGAGUCUACUAAGUCGUUUUCUGUGCCAUCUGACAGAGAAAGGAGUAUCACAAAUGAAAUGGACUUUAGUGAUGACUUCGCCUUCCUUGAAAGCAAAGAGGAAUGUGAAGAGGAGCUUCUUCAGUUGGUUACAAAUAUUUUGAAUUAUAUCAUGUGUAAAGGACUAGAAAAGUCAGAUGAAGACACUUGGGUUGAAAGAGGACAAGUGUUUUCAGCAUUAACUAAACCAGGAAUAUCAAGUGAACUACUUCGAUCGUCAGAUGAAGUAAAACUAAUUUUGCUACAGAAGAUGUUAGAAUGGACAGUCACAGAACACAGAGAUGCAAAAAGUAGUCCUGUAACUGCUGAAAAUGCCUUCCGACUCAUGCUGAUCAUACAGGACUUCCUGCAGUCAGAAGGACUGGUUAAUUCAAACAUGUGGACUGAGAAGCUUUUAGAAGGUACCACACAGCUCCUGGACUAUCUGUCAGCGUGGUAUUCUGAGAAUCCAGGAUGGGUAAAACUCUCUCAGAUACAGAUCCAGUUGCUUCUGGAGUUCAUUGGAAGAGGCAGUUUGCAGGUUUGUGCAAUAGCAUCAGCUAAACUAAAUGCCCUUCUUCAGACUAAAGUGAUUGAAAAUCAAAAUGAAGCAUGCUACAUUUUAGGGAAACUAGAACAUAUUCUAAGUCGGUCAAUCAAGGAACAGACAGAAAUCUAUUCAUUUCUGAUUCCUCUUUUCCGUACUCUGGUUUCUAAAAUUUAUGAGCUUCUUUUCAUGAACUUGCACCUGCCUUCUUUGCCUUUUACUGAUGGAAGUACUUCAUUUUUUGAAGAUUUUCAAGAAUACUGCAAUUCAGAUGAAUGGCAAGUUUACAUUGAAAAAUACAUUAUACCUUACAUGAAGCAGUAUGAAACACAUACAUUUUAUGAUGGUCAUGAGAACAUGGCACUUUACUGGAAGAAUUGCUAUGAAGCCUUAAUGGUGAAUAUGCAUAAAAGAGACCGAGAGGGAGGAGAAAGUAAAUUGAAAUUUCAGGAGUAUUUUGUGGAGCCAUUUAAUAGAAAAGCACGUCAAGAGAACUUGAGGUACAAUAAUAUGAUUAAACAACUUAGCAGUCAACAGUUGGCCACUUUUAGAUGGUGGAAGGCAAUUAGACUCUAUCUUACAUGUGAAAGGGGGCCUUGGGCUAAAAGGAAACAGAAUCGAAUUCAUUGGAAACUGGCUAAUGUAGAAAAUUAUUCCCGCAUGAGACUCAAACUGGUACCUAAUUAUAAUUUCAAUAACCAUGAGGAUGCUAGUGCCUUAAGAGAUAAUUUAGGUGUCCAACACUUGCAGCCUUCUAGUGACUCUUUGCUUUUGGAAGUAGUGAAACAAAUUAAACUUAGUGAUAUGGAGGAAGAUAAACUAGAACUUCUGGAAGAGGACAUGGUAGCCAGAGUAAAUAUUGAUGAGAAGGAAGAACAGGAUCAAAAGGAAAAAUUGGUGUUGACUGAAGACUGUGAACUCAUUACAGUAAUCAACAUAAUUCCUGGCAGAUUAGAAAUCACUACUCAACACAUUUACUUCCAUGAUAACAGUAUUGAAAAAGAAGAUGGAAUAGGCUUUGAUUUUAAGUGGCCUCAUUCUCAAAUUCGAGAGAUUCACUUACGUCGUUACAACUUAAGAAGAUCAGCACUUGAGAUAUUUCAUAUUGAUCAAUCUAACUACUUUCUCAAUUUCAAAAAAGAGGUUAGAAACAAAGUAUAUAGCAGCCUGUUGUCACUUCAUUCUCCUAAUAGUUAUGGAGCAAGAUCACCACAAGAAUUGUUCAAAGCAUCAGGAUUGACACAGAAAUGGGUGAAUCGAGAGAUAACAAACUUUGACUACCUCAUUCAAAUAAACACAAUGGCAGGACGAACCUAUAAUGACCUUGCACAGUACCCUGUAUUUCCCUGGAUUUUGCAAGAUUAUACUUCAGAAGAGUUGGACCUUAAUAACCCCACUGUAUUUCGAGACCUUUCUAAACCAAUUGGAGUAGUUAAUGAAAAAAAUGUGAAAGCUAUGCAAGAAAAGUAUGAAACUUUUGAGGAUCCAAUGGGAACGAUUGAUAAGUUUCAUUAUGGUACUCACUAUUCAAAUUCUGCAGGUGUCAUGCACUAUCUUAUCCGUGUAGAACCGUUUACUACCCUGCACAUCCAGCUUCAGAGUGGAAGAUUUGACUGUGCAGACCGGCAGUUCCAUUCCAUCCCUGCUACCUGGCAAGCUCUUAUGGAUAAUACAUAUGAUGUAAAAGAACUUAUUCCUGAAUUCUUCUAUUUCCCCGAGUUUUUAGAAAAUCAAAAUGAAUUUAAUCUGGGUCACCUACAAGUUUCUCAAGAAUUGGUAAAUGAUGUCAUUCUUCCAAGAUGGGCUAAGUCAGCUGAAGAUUUUAUUUAUAAACACAGAAAAGCUCUGGAGUCUGAGUAUGUUUCUGCUCAUCUUCAUGAAUGGAUAGACCUGAUUUUUGGCUACAAACAAAGAGGACCAGCUGCAGUGGAAGCACUCAAUGUCUUCUACUACUGUAGUUAUGAAGGUGCUGUAGAUCUUGAUGCCUUAACAGAUGAAAAAGAAAGAAAAGCCUUAGAAGGGAUGAUUAACAAUUUUGGACAAACACCUUGUCAGCUGUUAAAGGAACCACACCCUCCAAGAUUAUCAGCAGAAGAAGCCAUACAAAAGCAAACCAAAACAGAAAACUCAACCCUCAACCUCUUUCAGCAUCUCCCUGAAUUGAAGUCAUUUUUUAUAGAGGGAAUUAGUGAUGGUAUUCCUCUAUUAAAGGCCAUCAUCCCCCCAAAUCAAUCUCGUUCUUUUAUGUCUCAAGGAAGCCCUGAGUUACUGAUAACAGUAAGCGUUAAUUAUGUUAUUGGAACCCAUGGAUGGCUACCUUAUGACAGAAAUAUUUCUAACUACUUCACAUUCAUCAAGGAUCAAACUGUAACUAACCCAAAAGCUCAGCGAACUGUGAAUGGUCCUUUUGCUCCAGGGCUGGAAAUCACUUCCAAGCUGUUUGUAGUGUCACAUGAUGCAAAGUUGCUCUUCAGUGCUGGACACUGGGAUAAUAGUAUCCAAGUAACAUCACUUACCAAAGGCAAAAUUGUCUCACAUAACAUCCGACAUAUAGAUAUUGUGACUUGCUUAGCUACAGAUUACUGUGGAAUACACUUGAUUUCUGGUUCCAAGGACACUACAUGUAUGAUAUGGCAGAUAACACAACAGGGAGGCACUGCUGUGGGCUUAGCAUCUAAACCUUUUCAGAUUCUUUAUGGACACACUGAUGAGAUAUUGAGUGUGGGCAUCAGCACUGAACUUGACAUGGCAGUAUCAGGGUCAAGGGAUGGUACUGUGAUUAUACAUACCAUUCAGAAAGGUCAAUACAUGAGGACUUUACGGCCACCUUGUGAGAGUUCCCUGUUCCUGACCAUUCCCAGUUUGGCUGUCUCUUGGGAAGGACACAUUGUCAUCUAUUCCAGCUUGGCGGAGAAGCCCGCUCUCAAGGAUAAGAACAUGUUACAUGUGUUUUCUGUAAAUGGAAAGUAUCUGGGGUCUCAAGUCCUGAAUGAACAAAUAUCAGACAUGUGCAUCAUUGGGGAGCAUGUAAUCACUGGCAGCGUACAAGGGCUCUUGUCUAUAAGAGAGCUUCACAGUUUGAAUCUGAGCAUCACUCCAUUAGCCAUGCGAUUACCUGUCCACUGUGUUUCCGUAACCAAAGAGUGCAGCCACAUUCUUGUAGGCUUGGAAGAUGGCAAAUUGAUUGUAGUAGGUGUUGGCAAGCCAGCCGAGAUGCGUUCGGGUCAGCUUUCUCGAAAAUUGUGGGGAUCUAGCAAGCGACUCAGCCAGAUUUCAGCUGGAGAAACUGAAUAUAAUACUCAAGAUUUCAAAUGAUUGUUAUUCCCACGUCCUGUGAUGGAAACCAAACUCCAGUUAUUGCUCUGUCACUUUGGCUGUGCUCUACUCGCUGGAAGUCGUCAAGGGUUUUAUCUUUAAAAACGUUUAAAGAUUACGGCGGUUUGAUAUUUGUGAAGAUGUAGGUUGAGUUGUAGAGGCUGAGGCAGGUGGAUCUUAAGUUCAAGGUCAGCCUGGGCUACAUAGCAAGACCUUGCCACAAAAAUUAAGUAAAUAAAGAAUAAAAAUAAAGUUGUAGGUUCUAUUAAAUCAAUUUUAAAAGUUUCAUCAGCAGUGAGUCUAGUUUUGUUAACCAGUACUAAAGUUGAAUUGAGAAAAUAUAUUUGAUUCAAUUUGGUAAUCCAUUCCUAAAUCAUUAAAUCCAAUUUUUAAAAAAAACAAACUUCUAAUAUUAUAUACUUAGAUUGAAUUCCCUUAAUCUAAGUAGCAAAAUUUAAGACAUUUCUGAUAAAGUAGCAUAGAUGAUGGAGAGUUGAGAUGUGGCUUUUCAUGUAUUCUUCAGAUAAUCAUUUUUCUUUUUACUCACCAUUUCAUUAAAAGCAUAACCUUUUAGGCAUUUGUUGUACAAUUGAGUUUUCAAAAAUUGCAGGCCUAUAUAAUUGGAUUAAAUACAAAUACUGAAAUAAACAUUGGUUUAUUUCCCUACCUUUAAUAUAUUAGUAAUAAAAAUUUACUAAAUUGUAUUAUUAUUCUUAAGUAACAAAAGUUGAAUAGGAAAAAGAAAAACUAGAGAUAAUUUUGACGAGUGUACUUCAUUAACAGUAUAUUUAAACAAAAAUGCUGACUGUGGCCCUGGUCAGCUGGUCCUUUAGUAACAUUUGCAGCACAAUUUACAUGUGUGAAAUUCAAAAUUUUGUGAAUUUGUCUUUAUUAAGCAAAAACUGUACUCUCUUUGUGGUUAAUCCUUUCUAUCCUGGUGAUCAUGAGUUGUCAGUGAUGUUCUAAGAGGUCGUGAAAGAUGGAGUAACACUGCAUAAUUCAGAGUAGCCAUUUAGAUAAAGUAAUAUCUUUUAUUGCAUGUUAUAUACAACUGUUUGGAUGAUAGCUAUUUUGUUACAGUUUGUUAAAUAUUACAUUAUGUCUAAUUUUUUAAGUAAAAAUGUUGAUUGAUUUAAUUUGGAAUUCAAAGUAAUUGUUAUUUAUUUUUUGUGAAAUUGACUUUUGAGUUAUUAGGUUAGAGAAGUUUUACAACUACAAGUAUUGGCAAUCUGAGAUUCCACAGACUUUGGGAAGAUUGGUGAAUCUCUGAAGUUGUAUGGAAAUUUAUAUAUUGAGCCUAUUUUCAGGAAAGAAUUAUUACAUGAUUUUCUUAAAAUGAUUUAUGGGCAACAACAGAUGAUUUUACAAUGGUAGCCUUUCAAAAUUAUAUUCUCUUUUAUUCUGCUGACCAUACAUUUCCUUAUACCUGAUUGUCUUUUCAGUUGAAUCCUGAAGAAAUUUUGAUUUUUCAUUUUCCCUCUCCUAUUGACCACAGUAUCCUAUGGUCUUUUCUUUAUAAUCCCAUAAAUAAGUUUUUAAAAAUAUAGGUGUAAAAGACUAUGUUUAGGAAAAUUUUACAAUAUUUUGAUUUGUUGUUGGUCAGGAUUAGUAAAACACUGUAAAAUCACUGUUUAAUAAGUUAUAAUUGUCUGAUUGGGGAAAAAAUAGCUUCAAAUGGCAUUGAUAUCAACUGGUAGAAAAGUAGAAUUUGUGUAAAUGUGAUGAUUUCCUUUUUGAAAGACUUCAGGAAUUUGUUGGAAGUGUCAGGAGUCAAUAGAGAUGAUUAUGGUACAUGAAACAGUUCUUUUCAUUUUUGCUCCCCCAGUUUCCACAUACUGGACCGGGAGUUCAUGUCAGAACCAACAUGAUUGGGUGAUUUUUUCUUAUUGUUGGGCUUAUUUUUUAUUUAUAUAUUUUAUUUUUGGGUUUUUGUUUUGUUUUGUUUCGUUUUCUUCAAGACAGGGUUUCUCUGUAUAGUUUUGACUGUCCUGGAACUCACUCUGUAGAUCAGAUUGGCCUUAAACUCAAAAAGACCCACCUGCCUCUCUGCCUCCCAAAUACUGGGAUUAAAGGCGUGUGCCACCACUGCCAGGCAAUGAUUGGUUAUCAGUCCGUAGUAGAAUGCUUGCCUAUAUUGUUCAAGAUCCUGGGUUUACUCCCUAGCAUGUAUGAAAGAGACAGAAGAAACAAAGACAGGUACUAACUGACUCCAAAUCAAGACUUGGUAAGGGUUUCUUUUGGCAGUUUAUCCACGCAUGCUGCUCUUUCAUGGCUCAUAAACAAGAAGCUAUGCUCAGUUUUAUAUAGGUCUGACCCAUGUACAAUCAAUGUUAGAUGUUAAAGGAGAAUUAUUCCUUUUAAUUAUUUUGAGGUUUAGAAAAUGCUAGCUCUAUUCUUGAAUAAUGAACUUUUUGUUUUGUUGUCGUUGUUUGUAUUUCAAUACAGGGUUUCUCUGUAUCGCCCUGAAACUCACUCUGUAGACCAGGCUGUAUUAGAUCUCAGAGAUCUGCCUGAUUCUUCCUCUUGAUUAAAGGUGUGACUACCACCACCCAGCCAAUAUGAACUUUUGUGUUAAUUAAAUAAGCAAAUUAGUGGAGCUGUUACCUGAGUUAGUAUAUUCCUCACGUAAACAUUAUAGCCAUGAAAUUAAAAGUCACUAGAUAAUAUCACUAGGAAGAUGCACUUUUACAGUGGAGUGUAGCUGUUAUCCAUAGAAACUUUCAUAAUGUAUAUUGGAAAAUUAUUAGAAUAGAUUGAUAGCUGGAUAUUUUAGUUAAUGAGUAUAGUAUCUCAUCUUGGCUGCUGUUGGUGUCAGUUCAUCUUUUCAGGACUUUUCAUCUGCUUUUGUUUCUUGAUAGUAAUAAUGAUGAAUAUUAAAAUCUCAGGUAAUAAGAGAUUUAUGCUAAGAUAAUGUUCUUUCUUUUGGAAAGUGAGGUCAGAAGUUGUUUUGCUAUUGUUGGUGGCAGUGUGUGCAUAUUUAUACAAUUUGCUGUAUGUACUUAGAGAAUAAAACACUGUAAUAUAUAACUCCCCCCAGUCAGUAUUCUGUUAUUGUAAAAUUGAAGAAAAAGAACAAAUCAGAACAUGAAAGUCAAGGAACUGCAAAAAUAAAGAUUAGCAUUAACUUUCUAGCCAGUGUUGCCUGUGAAAGAAGUUUCUGUUAAUUUCCCUUAGUCACAGUACAUCCUCGUGUGUGAGGAGAAGUUUCUCUUUUUCCUUGUGAUACACAUGGCACUGUUCUUCACAGCGCUGACACUGGAGUGCUACAUACUACUAAAGAGUAAGUGUGCCCACAAAAUUAGAAUUUAGACUUGAGGAUUGACUCGUAGUCUUAGCUUCAUUAUAUUUCUUUUCAAAUAUCCUAAGAAAGUGAAACUGAGUGCCAGUUUUUGCUUAGUGUUGAUAGAGGCAUGACAUUUACCUGUAAAUAUAACAUUAUUCUUACUAAAGAUAUCUCUAAGGAAAGCUUUAAUUGAAUUUUGAGCUGUCAAUUCUUUUUAAAAUAUGUUUAUGAAGUAAGUAACGUCAUCUUUGCCUCCUUUUCAAUAAAAACAUGAGACUUUUACUGUAUUGGAUAUGAACAAGGUAUUAAAUGUGUAAUACCUAUAUCUAGGAUGUGUGUCUGAAGGUGUUCUCACAUUGCUAAACCUAUUUUCUUAACCCUAUCUUUACACUUUUUGAGUGAUAUGUACAUUUUUCAUCUAGACCCAAACCCUGAUAUAAGUGUUCUGUCUCUAACAGAAACUUCUUUUCCCACUGGCAGCAAAUACUCUUUCUUAGUACUUUUUCCUAAUUUGUGUGCAUGUCAUGUACGUAGCAUUUUGUUUGUUUUAGAUGAUCCCAUAUAAACAUUGUUCUGAAAAUUUUCCUCAACGUGCCUUUUCUAAUGACAUUAGGCAACAAUACAAUGCUAUCAGGCUUUAAUAUUACUUAUUACUUACAUAAUUUAAAUACAGCAUUUUCUGUGCCACUGAUUAUUCCCAACACCAGGCAGUGUCUUUGUUUCAUAUGGACAGAACCACUCUAUUUCCUUUUCAUUACUGAAAAGUUCAUUGAUUUUAUCAUGAGCUCUUAGACUUUCAUAUUUAAAAUCACAAUUUACAUUUACCUCAAUAAUAUUGUCUGCUUGCUAUUAGUAUUUCCUAACUCAAUAUUUUCCACACCAAUAUUUCAACAAAAAGUGUAAAUUUUUUUUUUCAGUAUUCGGGAGUGAACUCAGGGCCUCACGCAUGUUAGGCAAGAAUAAAAAGCAUUAGUAAUCAGUGCUAAAAGAAAAACAGAAUCAGAUGUCUUAUAGCAUUGAAGUUAUAAUGAGUAGAGUUCUCCCACUAUGAAAGCAUUGAGUAAAUCCUCCUAAAUACUUUUGGUGAUGUUUGCAGGUAUGCCUCUGUAUGAAAUAUUCUUUAAUUUUUUCAUAGGUUUUAGAAGUUAGAACUAAUAGAGCAUAAACAUCUGAGAGAUUUAGGCUAGGGAUAUAUCUUAGUGAUGGAACACUUUCAUAUGAAGUCCUGGGUUUGGCAUGGGAUUCUUUACUCCAACACUGAGACAGUGUAGAGCCUCACACAUAGAGUUCUACCACUGAACUCAGCACCUCAGCUCACAGAGUAGUUCCUAGUUUGAGGGUGCAGAUCAGACCUACCUGUAGGAUUCAUCAGUAGGCUAUGCCUCAGUAAUAUGUGGGACUUUCACGGGUUCAAUCAAUCCCAGCUCUCAAAAAUUAUAAAUAUAGAAAAACUACAGAACAACCCUGUCUCAAAAAUAAAAAAAAAUUAUAAAUAUAUGUAUGUACAUAUAAUGUAUAUAAAUGAAUUUGUGCCUAAAUUGUAGAUACAUUUUUAUCUCUUGAAAAUCAUGUGACCAUCAUAGAAUAUAGGAUUUAUAUCUCUGCUUUUUGGUUAUAUGAAAAUUAUGUGGUUUUAUUUAUUAUAAAAACCUUAUAUAAAAAUAGCCACAUUAUCAACUUAAGUUUUUUUGGCAAUAGUUAUUCAUUAGACACAUUUUUUAGACUAGUACCUUUACUGAAACAACACAGAAGUGGUUUUUAAACACAUUGCAAGAUUUGGACACAUGAAUAUAAUUCUUUUAGUGUCAAAAAAGACACAAAUUCAGAGGCAUAUAUCUUUCCCUAAUGCACAGAGCAAGUUGAAAGUCACUGAUUCGAUAUUCUUUUGUCUAUGAAACCUUGUUAACCUUGAAAAUACAUAUCUUGCAUAAAUUAACAUAAGAAUAGCCAAAUUUCAUCAUUUGAAAAAUUAGGCAAAGUGGUACAUACACAUGGUUCCAAUUACUUGGAUGAGAUGGAAGGAUCACCUGAGCUGGGAAGUUCAAGAUCAGCCUGGACAAUGUAGAAAGCCUUCAUUUUAAAAGAAAGUAAAUAAUUUAAUUAAUGUUACAAAGGUGACUGUUAAAGAAGUGCUGCUGCUGUGUAUUUGCUUUUAUAGUGAGUUUUUUAGUAAUUUAUACUUAUUCAUAAUUAUAAUAGUUACAAAGUGUUUCACUGCUUUAUAGUGCUAUUGUAAAUGAGCAAUCUAACGUGAGACUAAGGACAGUUAGGAUUUAGAUGAGACUGAGAAGUUUUACUGAUUAAAGUACUAACUAUUUUUAAAAGAAGUCUUACAGAGCACUGGUGGUACACACCUUUAAUCCCAGCACUCGGGAAGCAGAGGUAGGUGUUCUCUGUAAGUCUUUACUUUAUUUAAGAUUAUUUAAGUAAUAUAUUCUGUUGACAUAUUAAAAUUACAUGCUUUCUUAUAGUGUAGUCAAAUUGAGAAUUACGCUUUAAUGUUCCUUUUUUUCUUUUCGGUUUGUUUUUUUUUGGGGGGGGGGGGGCAGAUUCUUACUGUUGUAGUCUUGGCGGGCCUGGAUGUAUCCUUGUCAACGAAGUUGGUCACAAACUCAGAGAUCCAUCUACCUCUGCCUCUCAAGUGCUGAGAUUUUCAAGAAUAUACAUAAUUAUUUUGCUCAACAGAAGUAAUUCUGUCAGAAAGAUAACAGUAGUUAAAUUUAAUUGAAAAUAAAUUUGUAUUAUAUUGGAAUUAAAGAAAAAAGAUUUUGGAAGUUUAAAUGUUUUGUUAGGUAAUCCCUAAUGACUUGCAUAUAGUUUUACACUCAUUCCAAGAUUAUGGUAUAUUACAGUAGCUCUAUAUUUUUUUCAAGACAGGGUUUCUCUGUGUAGGUCUGACUCUCCUGGAACUCACUUUGUAGACCAGCCUGGCCUUGAACUCACAGAGAUCCACCUGCCUCUGCCCCCCAAGUACUGUAACUAAAAGCAUGAGCCGCCACCAGCACCUUACAACGACUCUUACUGCUGAAGACCUUUUACAUUUUGAACAUUUCUUUUUCCUAUUCUGCCUUUUACUUCUCAAAGACUGUGCUUCAUAGAUACUACCAAAAGCAUUUUAUAUGUAGUUGCUGUUACUUAUAGUCAAAUUUACAUAAGAAAACUUUCUAGGAAGCCAUGUGACUUUCUGCUAAAUUCUUUUACAGGAUAAACUUACCUUUCUCUAUCAGAUUGCUUUUGUAUAGUUGGAGACAAAAAAAAAAUAGCAAAAAGUAAUCAGAUCUCUAGAUAGCCAUUCUCUAUCAAAUUCAUUGUUAAAUUAAGACAAAAUUAAAAAAGAUAUUUGAUUAAUUUGACGGUUUUUCUGGGACAGAUUAAUUAGAAGCGUUUCUGCUUUAACAGGAUGACAGUCUUUUGAAUACAUGAAUAUACACUAACUAGUUCAGGAGGCUUAGCUGAACAUCCAAAAUGACUUGUUUAAAAACAAGUUUUUAUACUUCUUACCUGAGUAUGGUAGUGCACCUCUAAUCCUGACAUAGGCUACAGCAGGAGGAUUGCUUCAAGUUUGUGAGCUACCCUGACUAUAGAAUGAAAUCUCCCCCCACUUCGUGUGUGUGUGUGUAUGUGUGUGUGUGUGUGUCUGUCUGUCUGUCUGUCUGUCUGUCUGACCACCACAACCACCUUAGAAAUUGUGCUGCUGGGUACUAUUUAAGGAGUCGUGCAUUUAUCUUAAAAUGUCCCUUUUCAUUUGUUCACUGGAACUGAUUAAAUGAACAAAAGGAAUAGUAAUAAGCCUCUUUUUAUGUUGGAUUAUUGACUUGCAAACUGUCACUCAUUGGGUACUUAUAUGCAAAAAGGGUGGUUCAAAGUUGAGCGAGUUUUAGACUUUUUAAGGAUGUAAAUAACUGUAAUUAGCAUUCUGAUAACCAAAUCACUGGUACAAUUCAUUCUGCUUUCAUCCUUCUGAAUCUGUAUACAAGAUGUAUUUUGUUUUGUCGUAUAUUUUUAAGAACUUCAACGAAUGUAUAUUAGUUAACGUUUGAUUUGUUCUGUAUAGUAUGAUCAAAAAUAGUUGAAAAUUUUGCACUUGGUUAAUCCCUUGGAAAUUUACAUUCUGAUAUUUUUAAGGAUAUACAUUUAUUUUGUACGUAAUAAACUAGCUUUGUAUAUGA